CGGGUGUAAUUGUUUCAGACCACCUUUCGGGUAUCGUCAGCCUUACUCCUUUUCACGUUCCCAAAUCGACUAUGUUGGAUCUUCUCGUCUAGCCCUCUUUCAGUCCUGUCCCUGGCAGAAGUGGAGUCAGAAUUCGAUGGCAUUUACCGUGCCGCGGUCGUUCAUGAUCCUCCCCACGAUUCUCCUGGGAUUGUUUAAUGAUGAUAGACGUUGCUUCUCUGCCUGGGCAAACAAAGUGGUUAGCUUGUCACUUCGCCAGAACGCUUCCGAAGCAAUCGAACGCUCAGCUAUGCCAUAUCCGCAUUCAGCAGUUCGUCCGCGUCUCACCGCCUGCUCAUCUUCAUGUGGCUUACGCUUACAUGAUGCUCGUAGACACCAACAUCUAAUUACCAUUCCCUUGUCUCUCUUUGGCUGUUUGUCUAACAGGUAUCUUUUCGAACCGUUCCGCUCGCUAUGAAGUUCUCAGUUCCCAUUCUCACCCUUCUUUCGGGCAACAUUUUUGCCAAUGCCUUUCCUUCUCUUCAUCAUAGACAUCUCGACGGCCUCACACCCGAAAAGCUGAAUGCGGCUAUUCGAUCGGUGGAGGAGUACAAACAUGCCAAGAGACUUCUCGUUGACGUAAAGAAACCCAUCGAUAUCACCGGCAAACACGCCUUCCAGGCUCCCAAGAAGAACGACCAACGCGGACCGUGUCCUGGACUCAAUGCUCUGGCUAACCAUGGAUACAUUUCUCGCGAUGGUGUCACCAGCUUCGUGGAAGUGGUGGCGGCCAUCAAUCAAGUGAUGGGCAUGGGCACAGAGCUGGCUCUUGUCCUCGGUAUCAUGGGUACUGUCUGGACAGGAAACCCACUAUCGUUGGAUCCUGGUUUCUCUAUCGGAGGUCCAACUGCUGGCACAAACAACAUCCUAGGAAAUCUGCUUGGUCUUCUUGGUAACCCUCGAGGUCUUCAAGGUUCGCACAACUGGAUCGAGUCGGACUCAUCGCUUACGCGCGAUGACCUUUAUGUGACCGGUGAUGCUUGGACAAUGAAUAUGACGCUUUUCCGCGACUUCCACGAUCGUGCUGAUGAGAACGGCGUCCUCUCCAUGGACCUGCUGGCCGAUCAAGCUGCCCGUCGCUGGGAGUAUAGCGUCGCCCACAACCCAAACUUCUAUUAUGGGCCUGUCACUGGCAUGGUUAGCCGUAACGCUGGCUACUUCUUCCUCGGUCGCCUGCUCUCCAACCACACAGCUGAGCACCCCGAAGGUGUUCUUACCCAAGAGAUCUUCCGCAAGUUCUUCGCCGUGUAUGAGGGUGCGAACGGAAACAUGGAGUAUCGUAAGGGCCACGAGACAAUUCCCGAGAACUGGUACCGUAAGCCGGUGGAGUACGGCCUCAUUCCACUGAACUUGGACAUCAUUUCAUGGGUGAUGAAGCACCCAGUCCUUGGCAGCAUUGGCGGCAACACCGGCACCGUGAACUCUUUCACCGGUCUCGACCUCCACAAUGUCACUGGCGGCGUGCUUAACGCAGGCACCUUGCUCGAGAACAACAAUCUCCUGUGCUUCGUGUUUGAAUUGCUCAAGACAUUCCUGCCCAACUCGCUUUCUCCGCUGCUGUCGACCCUCGAAGUCCCGAUCAGCUUGGUGACAGAUACCCUGGCGUCGCCGCUGUUGAGCCUCGCGUGCCCAGCAUGGAAGGAUAUGACCGAGGGUGGCGAGCCGCUAUGGGACGGUAUCCAGAACACAUUUGCUGGCGCACGCAAGGCCGGUUCAAGCCUUUAGUUCAAGCACAGUAGUGACAUAAUCAUAUUCUCUUUCUCUUGUUAAUAAAACCUGUUAACGGGCUGAGCUCGUGAAACGUCGUUGGAAAUGCGCAAGCGUGUUUGUGUCGCAGUGGACAAAUGCGCUUAGAUGAAAGCAAGGAUUUGCUGAGUGAAGAUCGUUUUCAUAACAUUGUGAUCGAUAUCGGCUUUUGCUUGCCAGUCCAAGUUGCAUGUAGCUUGAGGGCAAAUUGAGGCUGCUGCUUGGGUCCAACAUGGACAUGCCUAGGUGAUCGUUAAGAUCAUGACGGAGAAGACUGAGCAGAGUGUGAGGUGGUUGGAAGACGCGUUCGCGUCGCGCUGGCUAAAGCCUGACCGAAUGUGGACUAGCCUCUCUUCCAUGUGAAAGUCAAUCUCUUGGAGACAUGAAAAGCCGGAACAUCUUGGAG